CGCUCCACAGGCGCAUUCACGGUCUGCUCGACUGGCGGAGAAUGGGAGAGAGCGCAGAGCGGCGGAGGGAGGGAGGGAGAGAGGAGGAGGAACUACUGGUGGAAAAAAGUUAAAGUAAAAAUGGCUUCCUUGUCUUUGGAGUCUACAGAACAAUCUGAGAACAGCCCAGAGGAGCCAACGAAAGCGGACUCCACGCAAGAGCAGGACGCGCUCCACAUUUCGGAACAAUUACUCCAAAGUUUCCAAAGGUCGGCUCUGAGUUUUUCCACUGACCAAGUAUCAUGUCUGUGCGAGGCCCUCCUGCAGGCGGGCAAUGUGGAUCGCCUGUGGAGAUUUCUCUCCACCAUACCUCCUUCGUCCGAGUUGCUACGUGGCAACGAGACCCUGCUGAAGGCCCAGGCGCUGGUGGCCUUCCACCGGGAGCAGUUCAAGGACCUGUACGCCAUCCUGGAGAGCCACGACUUCCACCCCUCCAACCAUGGGUUCCUGCAGGACCUGUACCUGAAAGCCCGCUACAAGGAGGCGGAGAGGUCCCGGGGCCGCAGCCUGGGCGCCGUGGACAAGUACCGGCUCAGGAAGAAGUUCCCUCUGCCCAAGACCAUCUGGGACGGGGAGGAGACCGUGUACUGCUUCAAGGAGAAGUCCCGCAACGCGCUGAAGGAGUGCUACAAGAGCAACAGGUACCCGACUCCGGACGAGAAGAAAAACCUGGCCAAAGCCACCGGACUGUCCCUCACACAGGUCAGCAACUGGUUCAAGAACCGCCGGCAGCGAGACCGGACCCCGUCCGGAACCCACAGCAAAAGGCAGUCUGAUGGGAACCACAGCACCGAGGACGAGGCGAGCGCCAUGGACGACAGCCCUGACAAAGCGGACGAUGCCGCCGGCCCCACGGCUCCCAUCAUCUCUCUGUCCGCCGUCCCCUGCAGCACGGGGGGCCAGCUCAUCCUCAACGGCUCCGGCGGCUUCCUCACGGCCUCCCAGCCGCUGCUGCUCAAUGGGAGCUCUCUGAUCUCCGGGGCGGGAGCCGGCGUCAUAAUCAACGGGCUGAACUUGGGCGACUGCCAGACGGUCACCCUGAGUCCUGUCGCCGCCAGCGCGCCCCUGAUACUCAACGGGGCCCAGGUAAUAAGCAAAGCGGACGUCGGGUGCGAAGCCCCCGGGUCGGAGCAGGCGGUGUCGCCGAUGGAGGCCAAAGCUGUCGUCCUCGGCGCCAACAACGCACCGGCGUCCAGCCCUUCGCCCGUCGUCCCUCUUUCUCUACAAGCCAAAGCGGAGGAUGACUUCAUCACUGUGCCCGAGUCAGAAAGCGGCAGCCAGAAAACCUCCUCCUCCUCUUCAUCUCUAUCCUCCUCUUCGCCAACUCUGCCCUCCCCAACCAGCCUCCCUUCGCUGGUGUUAACCCAAAGCACCCAGGAGCCGCCUGCAGGCGUGAUGAUGACCCGCUCGGCCGUGCCUCUGUCCAGUCAGCCGGGGGACUACGUCGUCUUGGCCUCUGCCAGCUCCCACGUGAACCCCUCCAGCCCCAUGGUCUCCGCCAGCAGCGCCACCCCGCAGGUCUUCUCUCUGCCGCAGGUUGUGCCUUCCAUCCAGGGUAUCCCAGUAUCCCAGCUGGUGCAGCACUCCUCGGGAGCCCAGGUGUCCCAGUGCCCUCAGUUAGUACCAGUAUCGCCAGCUCCCCAGUUCCACAGCCCCCACACGGCGAAUGCAGACGGCAGAGCGGCUCAGGGUCUGCCUGAAGGCGGCCGUCAGCCGCCACAGCAGCAGGAGGGCCUCGCCGUGAGCCCCACGCCCGGGGGCAAAGUCCAAGCCGCGCAGGUCAUCUCCAUCUCCUCCCCAACGUUCCCCCCGUUCCCCCAGUCCAAAGGCGCAGCAGCAACGCAGUUGGUCCCGCUCUCCGUGCCCCAGCUGGUGCCCGUGUCCUCCAUCCAGACGCCCUCCACCGCUCCCUUCCCUCAGGUUGUGCCGGCCGGGCCCCUGUCCGCCGCCUCCGCCGCGCUGCCCCUGCAGAUCCUGACGUCGGCCCCGGCGGCGGCGCCGGCCUCGCCGGGUCCUCUCAGGAUCAACCAGCUGAGGCCCGUCCAGGGUGUGGCCCCUCCGCCCAGCGUGGCCCCCGGUGUUCGGCUCCUCAACUCUGGAAUCAUCCAGCUGCCCUCUGCUGCUCCAGGUAAUCUCCUCCUUGGUGGAAGCCCUUACCUGAGUGUCCAGCAAGGAAAGCUGGUUCUGGCCAUCCCAGCGGGAAUUCAACUCACCUGUGUGCCCCUGAAGCCGGUCCCUGACGCUGCACCCAUGCCUGGUAAUGGAGCGAACCCGGUUCUGGCCUCCUCCCCCCCUCCCAUAGCCCACCCGCCUUCAGCCACCUCAGGCCCGACCUCAGGCCCGACCUCAGGCCCGACCCCCGGCGUCCUCGCGUCGUCUCCUUUGAACUUUAUCAGCUCGUACUGUGCUCCGGAGACCGUGACUGCAUCCAGCCAGCCCCCCGCCGUCCCCUCCCCCAUCGCCCUGGAGCCUGCGGUCACCCCCUCGACCGUGAGCUCGCUCGCUCCAGAGAGCAUGCUCACCCUCAGUCCCGCGUACGGCGGCGUGACGCCCACCGGCCAGCUGUCCCAGCCGGCGUGGAGCCCCAUGCCCCUCUCCACGUCAGCCAGUCUAACUCUGUUCGAUGCCCGCGCUAAGGGGGACCUCCCAGUGGACCCGGCCUUGUUAGGCCUACCUGGAGGCGUGUCGUUGCUUCUGGGAAGCCCCUCUCCAGAGCAGGAUGUGGAGGCCGGCUCACCUCUGGGGAAUCCUGAGGAGAUGGACGGGGACUCCAAGAUUCUCGCUCAGCUGCAGUCCGUCCCUGUGGACGAGGAGCUGGGCCUGUAGUCUGUCACAGCUCCAAAGGAAAAAAAAGGAAGAAGCACACAGUGGGUUACUGUUUGCAUGUCAGACCUCCAAGAACUGUUUAGCUUUUAUCAGCUACUAUUGAAAUCAACCAUCUCAGUAGUUUUUACUCAUGAAGCAGUUUUAAUCAGAGCAUGAAACAGAUUUGCCCACUUUGCCCAGUUACACGUCCUGGUGUUGAACUCUGUGCGUCAGAGUUUAUGGCAAAGUGUCAAAUCAUGUAAUUGUUUCAUUUAAAGUUUGCAUUUCUUGACAAACUGAACAUAUUAUUUUACCAUCACUCCAGGACAGGUUGAGUUUCAUCUAAGGUUACAGAGAAACAACCCUGAGGAAAAAGACCACGGUAUUUGAUGUUAUUACUCCAUGUUACUGAAGUCUGGCUUUAAACGUGCAGCCCACCUUCCUCAGAUCGCCUUCUGCAGCUUUCAGGUUGGAAUCCAAAUCCAAAAGUCCUCCCAUAGGAAAUCAGAGGGGUUUGUGCUCUAUGCAAUGCAUGUUCUGUACGUGAUAGGACACUACGUGGCGCAGUAGCCGAGUCACGAAGCUCGAACGUGUGGGAGACGAUAAAACGCUUCCAAAUGAAGCGUGACCAUGCUUUUACACUAAAGGUUUGCUGUGAUCCCACUAAGUGCUUUCAGACGCAUCCAGAGUUUCUGUUUGCUGAUUUUGACAAGUGCCUUAUUUUAUUUGUAUUUUAUGCAGAGGUCCUAUUUACCCCAAUGUUUGAUGAUUCACGUUCCCGGGCUCCGCUGGAUCUCCAGUGGAAACGCAGCGGGGCCGUUGUGGUUGCAUGGUUAUAGUUCUGUGUCUCCUGUUUGUAUAUUUUGCACAUUUCGUUCACACGAUGUUUACGCCGCGCCGCCGUGUUAGGCCAGUGGUUGCUUCAUAUUCCGCUUGGACCGUUCCCGUCUUUUCUCAUUUGGAUGCGUGACAGAAUAAUAAAAAAGGGUCUAUGAGCGUUCCACUGUCAUAUCACAGGCAGCCGUCAACCUUUGGCCAAUUAUGGUACAUAGUAAUAGUAAUACACUUCAUUGUCUCUUCAAGUUACAAUAAUGGCCUUGUGUUUUUUAUUAUUAUGUUUGUCUGUUUUGUACAUUUAAUCUAUUUAAACCAUGUAUCAAUUUGUGUCUAUCAACACCAAGUGAAACAAGUGGAAUCCUCAUGACUCAUGCUGAUAGGAAAUAUUUAAAGGUUUCCUUCCCUUCUGCAAACUGAGGUUCGGCAGCCUCACAGGUAUUAAUCAAGUGUGAUGGGAGACAGGUCAUUUGCAAAUGGGUCUGUUCUGUAGUCUGUGAGUAGUUUAUUAAAUGGCGUGGACAAAUCCAGUUUUUUAAUGUUUUGAUUCGAUGUGUGUAAAGGGAAUUGUAAACCUUGG